AUGGCUAGCAUUAUUCGCGCAGUCUGCGAAGAGAACCUAAUCGUAUCGACUCCCUUACCCUCCCCUUUUCUGCGAAAAAAAUAUUUAGGACAGUUGUCAGGUUCCAAACAACCCUCUAUCUGGACGUCUUCGUCGUUGGAUCCGUAUGUUAAUCUGUCCAUUGAAGAGUAUCUUUUUAGGAAGGUAGAAGUCGAUCGCCCGAUCCUGCUCAUCUAUCGAAACCGAAAGAGUGUAAUAAUCGGAAGAAAUCAGAAUCCAUGGCAAGAGUCGAAUUUAGAAGAACUAGAACGACAGGGGAUAUCUUUGGUCAGGAGACGAAGUGGUGGAGGGACGGUCUACCACGACGAGGGGAACACCAACUAUUCGAUCAUGCUACCUAGAGACCAAUUCGAGCGACGGACGAAUGCAAGACUGGUGGCGAAUGCCGUCCAAGAAAUGAGCAUCGAUCGGGUGAAUGUCACCGACCGAUACGAUGUCUGUGUGGGCGAUCGAAAGGUCUCUGGCUCCGCAUUCCGAAUCACGGCCAAACGCGCAUACCAUCACGGAACAAUGCUGAUCAGCUCGAAUCUCGCCCAACUCAAAGGCGCCCUUCGGCCGACUCCCAACAUGAAUAUCGUCGACUCCAAAGCCGUUGGCUCGGUGCGGUCUCCUGUCACUAGUCUGGUCGACUCGGUCACCAAUGAUAUCAACCACCACUCCUUCGUCCAACACCUCUGCCGCGCAUUUUCGAAACACUACUAUCCUUGCUUGGACCACCCAAUCAACCCGCAGAUUAUUGACGAACACGAACUGAAGAAAAACGACUUCGUCCGCGCUGGCUAUGAGGAAUUAAAGUCAUGGGAUUGGAUCUUCGGACAAACACCGCAAUUUACGCGCGUAUUUGAGAUUCAGAGGGACGAUCAAACCGGUCUCAUUCCUGUUCAAGUGACCUACAAGAAUGGUGCGAUUAUUGAGAUUAAGAUCGAUGAUCAUCUCUUGCAAACCGACUCAUCUAUUCAGCAGAAAAUUUCGAGCCGAUUCUCCUUAGGCGAUCGGAUCGACUUUUAA